CGUAAGUCAGGAAAGGAGAGAAUGACCGAGGUGCUGUGGCCGGCUGUCCCCAAUGGGACGGACGCUACCUUCCCGGCCGGCCAGGGUUUGCCCUGGGGGAACGGCACCGCAGCCUCCACCGCGGCUGUUGCAGCAGCCUCGUUCGCGUGCUCCCUGACCAAGACGGGCUUCCAGUUCUACUACCUGCCGGCUGUCUACAUCUUGGUGUUCAUUAUUGGCUUCCUGGGCAACAGCGUGGCGAUCUGGAUGUUUGUCUUCCACAUGAAGCCGUGGAGCGGCAUCUCCGUGUACAUGUUCAACUUGGCCCUGGCUGACUUUUUGUACGUGCUGACUCUGCCCGCGCUCAUCUUCUACUACUUCAAUAAGACGGACUGGAUCUUUGGGGAUGCCAUGUGCAAGCUGCAGAGGUUUAUCUUCCAUGUGAACCUCUACGGCAGCAUCUUGUUCCUAACCUGCAUCAGCGCGCACCGCUACAGCGGUGUGGUGUACCCGCUCAAGUCUCUGGGCAGGCUCAAGAAGAAGAAUGCGGUCUACAUCAGCGUGCUGGUGUGGCUCAUCGUGGUGGUGGGAAUCUCCCCCAUCCUCUUCUACUCAGGCACCCAGGUCCGGAAAAACAAAACCAUCACCUGCUACGACACCACCUCCGACGAGUACCUGCGAAGUUAUUUCAUCUACAGCAUGUGCACCACUGUGGCCAUGUUCUGUGUCCCCUUGGUACUGAUUCUGGGCUGUUAUGGAUUAAUUGUGAGGGCUUUGAUCUACAACGACCUGGACAACUCGCCUCUGAGGAGGAAAUCCAUUUACCUGGUGAUUAUCGUACUGACUGUCUUUGCUGUCUCUUACAUCCCUUUCCAUGUAAUGAAAACGAUGAAUUUGAGGGCCCGGCUGGAUUUUCAGACCCCAGAAAUGUGUGCAUUCAAUGACCAGGUUUAUGCCACUUAUCAGGUGACAAGAGGUCUAGCAAGUCUCAACAGUUGUGUGGACCCCAUUCUCUAUUUCUUGGCAGGAGAUACGUUCAGGAGGAGACUCUCCAGAGCCACCAGGAAAGCUUCCAGAAGAAGUGAGGCAAAUUUGCAAUCCAAGAGCGAAGACAUGACCCUCAAUAUUUUGUCGGAGUUCAAGCAGAAUGGAGAUACAAGCUUAUGAAGAGGCAAGAAUCACCGAACACCCACUUUUGUAACAUGGCACAAAGAGGUCUCCAGGAAGAGUCUG